AUGUCUUCGGCCCCGCUGCUCGGCACCUCCGUCGGCGGCAAGGGCGGCGAGGCGACGGCGCGGUCGACGCCGGCAUGGCUGCGGCGCGCGAUCGACACGGAGGAAGCGUGGGCGCAGCUGCAGUUCGUGGUGCCGAUGGUCCUCACCAACAUGUUCUACUACGCCGUCCCGCUCGUCUCCGUGAUGUUCUCCGGCCACCUCGGCGUCAUCCACCUCGCCGGCGCCACGCUCGGCAACUCCUGGGCCACCGUCACCGGCUACCCCUUCGUGGAAAACAUUCCCUUUUACAUCAGCGGAGCGCGAGGCGAGGGUGGCUUGCUGGAAACGGCCGAAUCGACCGUUCCUCCCGAGACUGGCCUAGCGGUGAUUUGAGAACCGGUUGGACCACAACGUGGAGGCCUUCCGGCUAGCAAACGACCCAACUUUUUUCCCAAGAUGCGAGCCAAGUGAUAUACGACCUACCAAACGCGCCCCUAAUAUUCCGUAUCCAGAUAAGGCCCUAAAGUAGAUGUUUUCAUCACAUAUCUCAGUAUUUGUACUUAGGGCAUGUACAAUGAUGAUAUCUUAGCAAUGCCACGUGGAACAAA